CAGCCACGGCUUGCGUGCCGCAGGUCGCUCUGAGCACCUCGCGGCCCUUCCUAGCUUAGGAUUCCGGCGAUAGGAAGAGGAAAGGGACAGGUCAGCUCCCAGCUGGGGGUGACAUUCAGGUUUGGAUCUUUACCGGAGAGAAGCUGCUGCCUGAGCAACCCUCCCUUCUUGUCGGGAUCCCACCACCUCCCUUGCCAGUCGGGCAAAGACGGCAUCCAUCCACAGCGGGGACUGGCAGGCCCAGGAAGAGAGAGGAUGGCGAGUCGACUCCGUAACCCCCUGAAGGAACCAGAGAUUGAGCUGUUCGUAAAGGCUGCCUCGGAUGGAGAAAAUAUUGGGAACUGCCCCUUCUGUCAAAGCCUCUUCAUGGUGCUGUGGCUGAAAGGGGUCCGAUUCAACGUGACCACAGUGGAUAUGACGAGGAAGCCCGAGGAGUUGAAGGAUCUGGCCCCUGGGAUCAAGCCCCCCUUCCUGGUGUUCAACAAGGAGCUGAAAACAGACUUCCUGAAGAUCGAAGACUUUCUAGAGCAGACUCUGUCUCCACCCAAGUGCCCAUCACUCACCCCAAAAUAUAAGGAAUCCCUGGAUGUCGGCAGGAACAUCUUCGCCAAGUUUUCUGCAUACAUCAAGAACCCCCACAAGGAAGCACACAAGAAUAUGGAGAAAGCUCUGCUGAAAGAAUUCCAGCGCCUGAAUGACUAUUUAAAACACCCCCUGCCAGAAGAAAUUGACCAGGACUGUGUGGAGGAAGAGCUUGUCUCAAAAAGGAAGUUCCUGGAUGGGGACUGGAUGACAUUAGCUGACUGUAACCUGCUCCCGAAACUCAACAUCAUCAAGAUUGCUGCGAAGAAAUACCGCAACUUUGAGAUCCCCCUGGAGAUGACAGCUGUUUGGCGCUAUCUCAACAAUGCUUAUGCUCGGGAUGAAUUUAGCCACACCUGCCCAGCUGAUGAAGAGAUUGAGCGCACCUAUGCCAACAUGGCCAAGAAGAUGAGCUAAGGGCCAACAUUCCCGAAGAGGUGUCAUUCCCUUCGUCACCUGCAAGUUCCAGUUAUCCUUCCAAGGUAGAGGUCCUCCUCAGGGAGGUCCUUUCGCCAUGCUGGGAUUCUCCUGGGUCUGGGUGCUCACCGUGCUCGGCCUCAAGGAGUCACUCAAAUGCUUUGUGAAAAAGCCUCUCUUCACUCACAUCUGUCUUCUUCGCAUGUUGAACUGACUACCUGUGUGGGGAUUUGUGGUGGCAGAAACAGCUGAUAGGAGUGUGGCCGGUAGUGGAGGCUGGGGGGCGGGCGGAAGGUGAGGUGACCUGCUCAACUCACAAUCCAUGCCUUGGUCUUCUCUCCAAGCAACACACGGAGACUCUGGAAACUUCCACAGGAAGCUUCUUCAUUAAUUCCAAAUGUAAGAAACGCUAAUUCCCAAAUAACUGCAUUGCACGCGUCUCUCUUCCAAGACAUAUCGAGAGCCCCCAAAGCCUGAGCGAGGAGAAACUGGCAGAGUAAGUUCCUUCUAACCUCACUGAAAGCUAGCUAGGAAACAUUCCCAAGAUAUCGUGAUAAUUCCUCCUGACCAUGAAUCUUGGAUGCUUAUGGCACUCAGUGUGAUCCACUGCACUUUCAGACAGACCUGCUUCCUGACGGGCCCUGGGAAAUAAAUCCCUCUUUCCCCACAUUUCCUAGAAAAGUAUUUCUUCCACUCCUGCUGGAGACAAGUGUGUUUCUAUGCAUAUGCAAGGUCUUCUCGUCUGCCCUCUAAGGGUGCAGCAGCCAAGGUAGAGCUGAACCCUGAGCAUCCUCCUUUUCCCUAGCCGGGCACAGGAGGCCCAAGAGCUGAGCUGAUGUGCUGUUACAGCCAUUCAGCCAGCAAGCGCAGCAGUUUCUUUUUAGGAAAAACACACAAAAAUGCAGCAGGGGUGCAGUUCUGUGUGCACAGGAGGCUGGGGAUUAUAGCAGGCUUCUGUGCUUCUGUGGAUACAUGGCGGGCAGGCAGAUCUUAAAGAAGGAAAGACUCCCGCCGGCCCCAAGAAGGUGAUAGGAAAAGUGAUAGCUAACAGCUCCGUUUGGCAUCAGUAAAGAGAGUGACAGGGCCAGUGUCAAGGGCAGGCACUGCUUGGCUUCUUGUCCAGCAAGAGCUGCUGGCAGCAGUCUGUGGACUUGCUCCUCUUCACUGCGACUGUGGCCUCUUGUUCACCUGCCUCCUGCGGUGCUCCAGGCAGCAGAAGGUGCAGCAGCUCAUUCCAACUUCCUCCCUGCCUGGUAAGCCAGCAACUGGUGGCAGUGGCGGGCUCGGAGAACCCGGGCCCACCAAGGGUGUUCCGCAAAAGAUCCUGGAAGCAGCUCUGACAGGAAUCACCAAAUCCUCCAACUUCAAAUCUGGGAAUCCAAAACAUUUUGCAGUACCCCAGGCACUGUCUAGGGAUGGUAGGAUUGCUUCCUAGAUGUGGAAAGCUUUAAGGUGCCACAAGAAAACACUUUGUUGUGUUAUCUCUCAGAGAGCUCUGAAUGUCUUUGUUGCACUUAAACAGGGGAAAUUCCGCUUUAAAAAACGAAUGUGCCUGUUGACUUUGUCUUACUGUAAUGAUAAUAAACUUUAUUUUAUAUACAACUUA